UUGCAAGAAGGUCAAGUCAUCUGUAACACAACUCUCAUAGGCUUUGAAGUUUACAAAUUAAAGGGCAAGGAUAGAGGCACAGAUGAGGAGCGGAGCGGCGGCGCGUUGGUGCUCCGCUAUCGGCCGCUAGAUGUGAGCGGGCUGAGCCGCGGUGCAUGUACGCGGCGGCGGGCGGCGCGUCGCUCGCGGGCCGAAAGGCGCGCCAACACGGCCGCCAGCCCGCGCCGCCGAGCCCAAGCCACAGCCCCGUCCACCCAGCGCCAACCGGCGUUCGAGCCUACUCAUGCCAGCACUGGGAAUCCCGCCUCCAGGCUCCGACCAGACCGACCACACUCGACCAACACUCGCCAUGCGAACUCGUCGAGUGUUGGUUAUCCAAGUGACAAAAGUAGGCCGGCCAUGAAACAGAGACAUCUAUCGGAGAGUGUUCGGUGGCAGGUGUUGAAGAAUCAGAGACUGCGACUCGACGUGCGGAACGAGACUUGA